UUAUUCUUUUCUGCGGUGAAACCGAAAGUUUUGUUUUCGUAAACAAAAUCGCAGUAAAGAAUCAUUUUUACUUAUUUUUAUUGUGGUAUCGGCAGUAUCGGUCUGGGCAUCUGGCAUCGUUCAUUCACUUGUUUACGUUUUGUCAAUUAAAUCGGCAAAACGAGUGUGUUGUAAAGAGACAUGAGUAUCUUGCUAAGCACGGAGGAUGGAUGGAUUCUUUCGCAUCUUCAAUACUUGAACGAAAUUUACAAAAAUGUCAUAAAUAUUGAUAAAGCCUGCAAUUUGAAAUUCGAUGAAAGAUUUUUUGCUAUAAACUCGCAGUUUUUGAGAAACAAUCAAGUUGCUAAAUCGGAAAACGGUGCACUGCGUGGGAGAGUGAAAAAGAGAAAAAAGUUGGUAAAUUCCUCCGAGGAUCUGGAUCAGGUGAAUUUCGUCAGAGAUGCAUUUAUGCGCAUGAGAUGUUUAGUUGCUGCGCAAAAUGUUUUCAAUCCAGGCGACACAUAUGACAACAAUCAAGUGGCACGGACUGUGUCAGACAAUUUUUAUUCGGGCAGUGCUUUGCUUCAAUUAGGAAAUUUUCAUGGAGCCAAUGACAAUGAAAACCCAAUCGUGGUUCAGACAGGGAAUCAGAAAUUCGUGUUUCCCAAAAGAAGUUUUUUUUAUGCAUACGACGUGAAAGAUAUAUUCGAGAAGCUUGGCUGUGAGCAGCAAUAUGAUUUUAUAUUGAUGGAUCCUCCAUGGUGGAACAAAUUCGUACGUAGGAAAAAGGAAAAGUUUGUUGAAUCCAGUUACAGCAUGAUGUACAACGAAGAAUUGGAAAAAAUGCCAAUUGAAAAUUUGCUAGGAAAAAAUGGAAUAGUCGCUGUGUGGUGUACAAACGCCCCGAGUCAUUUAAACAGUAUUCUCAAUGAGAUGUUUCCAGCGUGGGGAAUUGUAUACGUAGGAAAGUGGUACUGGGUCAAAGUGACCCAGUCGGGAAAUACGGUUUGUGAGUUCAACUUCACGAACGAAAAACAGCCCUAUGAAAUUUUGAUCUUCGGACGAAAAAUUUUAGGAAACGAAACAAAAAUUCCUGAUAAAAAAUUAAUUGUCAGCGUUCCGAGUUGCGUGCACUCUCACAAACCGCCGAUAAACGAAAUCAUGAGACCAUAUUUGGUGGCGAAUCCGAAAUGUUUGGAAAUAUUUGCACGGUAUUUAUUGCCUAAUUGGACCAGUUGGGGCCUCGAGGUUCUCAAGUUUCAGCAUCUGUCUCUUUACGAAAUCGUCGAACCGAACGGAGUUGAUUGAUCAAUAAAAUUAGAAACAUCACCUGA